CGUUGAUGAUCGUUCGUUCCCGGCGAUCUGAAGACGAUGGAUGUCCAGUGGGAGGUUAUCCCCGAGUUGCCCAGAGGGGGAAAAGAGUGACGAUUGCCGGCGGGCGGUGGGAGGUAGGCGGUAUGACCAAGGGUCUCGGGGAGGAUAGCGAAAGGGACGAGAAAGAAGAAAGGCCGUGGGGUAAAGAGAGAGAGGGUGUGGAGAUGUUUAUUAGGUUGUAUUGUAGGUGUAAGAAAGGUAGGGAUGAUACGAUAGUGACGUCUUUGUGGGAUACUUUGGUGGAGAAGCGGAACAGGAAGAGGGGUCUGGCUGAGGGGUGUUGAGUUGCGCUGACAGUGCACUUCUAUCACACGGCGUUGAGCGACCUAGAAAGUAAUUAAUCAUUCACCUUCUGGCCUCUGAUACCACAAGACUCUUUCUCUCGCUCACG